AGAACCACAUUGCAGAAAACCAUUCUGACUGUUCUUGUUUAGUAUUCAAAUUUCAAGAAAAUUUCUCAAGUUGCUAUUAGCCAUGGAAAAAGCAUUGGAAUGGUUAAGGCCACUUGUUGAUUCCAAGAAUUGGGAAUAUUGUGUUGUUUGGAAGUUUGGUGAUGACCCUUCAAGGUUUAUAGAAUGGAUGGGAUGUUGCUGUUCUGGAGCUAAUGGAGUUGAUGUCAAUGUUAAGAAAGAAAAUGGAGGAAAACAGAAAUUUACUACUCUGUGUAGAGAUAUCAAAGUACAGCAUCCAAUUAGAACAACAGCUUGUGAGGCUUUGGCUCAUUUUCCUCUUUCUAUUUCCCUUUAUUCAGGGAUUCAGGGAGAGGUUGUAACAUCAAAUGAACCAAAAUGGAUUAAUCAUGCUGAGAUUUCCAAUUCAAAUUUGUCACAUGAAUUAAAGGGUACCCUAGUAUUGAUCCCGGUUGCUGGUGGACUGGUUGAGCUCUACAAUUCAAAGCUGAUAUAUAAAGAUCAAAAGACGAUUAAUUUCAUUAUCAAUCGCUUCAAACUUGGUUCAGAAGAAGCCAAUACUUCCAUUGCACAGAAACAAGAUCAAGUUCUUGAUUUCAUUCCCUAUGAGAAAUCGAACUUUUGUGCUCCUCUCCUGCAAUAUGCUACAAGUUUUCCGUCAUGUGCACUUCAUAUUUCUCAAGUAUCUGAAUCUAGUGCUAACCCUAGCAUUCAAGGAUCAUCGACCGGUUCCAUUCCUUCAAAUGAACUUACCUUGUGCCAUUCACCUUCUGACCAUUUGUCACGAAAUGUACCUUUAAGUCAUUCUACUGAAGGGUAUUUUGAGCACACAGAGCUUCAGUGCAGUGGGAACUUAUCAAGAAUGGAAGGCACUGCUUUUCCUUGGAAGCAAGAAACUUUUAUAGUUGCAGGAGAUAUGCUCGCGAUGGGUAAGAAAAGACAAAAAGGACCUUAUCAGUCGAAGAAUCUUGUCACGGAGAGAAAACGAAGGAACAGAAUUAAAGAUGGUCUUUUUGCUCUUCGAGCUUUAGUUCCCAACAUCACUAAGAUGGACAAAGUAGCAAUACUUGGAGAUGCGAUUGACUAUAUAAAUGAACUGCAAGAAAAAGUGAAGUUAUAUGAGACUGAACUAAAUGAAAUAGAUGCUAAAGUUCCCAACGACGAAACGGCUGAAAUGGUCCUAUCGGACAUGACUGAAAUGUCCAAAGUUACAACUGAUAGGAAAAGAAUUGAGGUGGAAGUGAACCAAAUUGGUGCAAGAGAGUUCUGGUUGAAGGUUUCUGGAUCACAUAAAUCUGGAGGAUUUACGCAGUUGAUGGAGGCCAUGAAUUACUUAGAACUUGAAAUUGUAAAUGUGAGUUGUACCACGUCUGGAGGGGAGAUCGUGAGCGUUUUCAUAGCAGAGGCAAAUGUGGACAGAGUUGUUGAUGCACAGAAGCUGAGAUCCUCACUAAUUGAACUGACAAGUUGAACAUAUAUAUAUACAUAUAUAUAUAUAUAUAUCUUUUAUUGAGCCACAUAUUAACUACCUAGUUUGUCAAUCAUUUGACAUAUUAGAUAUUUAGCUUGCAGAGACCAAUCAAUUGACUAUGUAAGAUAAGAGGAUGAUCUCAAACUUGUGAACUUAUAUGAACUAAAAAUCUAGGAUUUAAUAGUUUUAAUGGAGUGAAUACAUAACAUAUGUAUUCACAUUGCUGAUUAAUCGAUAUAAUUUUCAUUUGCGUUUCA